AUGGCAAGCAAAACCUCUACUAGUAGUACUCUUUCUUGGCUUCUCCUCCUCUGCCUCGCCUUCACUCUGCUUGUCGGUCACUCAACUUCUCAGAAUGACCGAAAGGCUUAUAUUGUGUAUAUGGGCGACAGGAAGAUGGAUGAGGUUUCCACAUCAUCCCUUCACACAAGCAUGCUACAAGAUGUCAUUGGCAGUACUGGACCGGAAUCUCUAAUUUAUAGCUACUCGAGGAGUUUCAGUGGAUUUGCAGCAGAACUAACCGAACAAGAAGCUCAAAAAAUAGUUGGAAUGGAAGGCGUAGUGUCCGUGUUCCCUAGCGAACAAAACCAGCUUCAUACAACAAGGUCAUGGGACUUCCUUGGUUUUCCACAGAAUGUUACAAGAAGACCUAUUGAAAGCGACAUAAUUAUAGGAGUGCUUGACACUGGAAUUUGGCCGGAGUCAGAAAGCUUUAAUGACACAGGAUUUGGUCCAGCACCUACGAAAUGGAAGGGCACCUGCCAAGCCACCAUCAAUUUCACUUGCAACAAUAAAAUCAUUGGAGCAAAAUAUUAUCGUAGCAGUGGAGUUUUUGUCGGAAAUGAUGUUAAAUCUCCUAGAGAUUCUAAUGGCCAUGGGACACACACAGCAUCAAUAGCAGCUGGGAAUUUAGUUAGCGGGGCAAGCCUACUGGGGUAUGCCUCGGGAACAGCACGAGGAGGAGUUCCGUCAGCACGUAUUGCUGUCUACAAAAUAUGUUGGUCCAAUGGCUGUUCUACUGCUGACAUUCUUAAAGCAUUUGACGAUGCCAUUGCUGAUGGCGUUGACAUCAUAUCUUUUUCCGUUGGUACACGCAAUGCAAGGGAUUACUUUCGAGAUGUAAAUGCCAUUGGUGCCUUUCAUGCUAUGCGAAAUGGAAUAUUGACAUCAAUGUCUGCUGGUAACUACGGUCCACGUCGAUCAACCACCGCAAACGUUUCGCCGUGGGCUCUCUCUGUGGCUGCAAGCACAAUAGAUCGGAAGUUCUCCACUCAGGUCCAAUUGGGUAACAAUAAUACCUAUGAGGGAAUUUCAAUUAAUACAUUUGACCUCAACAAUACACAGUAUCCAAUAAUUUAUGGCGGAGAUGCACCAAACACCGGUGUUCAAAGUUCCACUUCCAGGUAUUGCUACAAUAAUUCACUGGACCAAGCUUUGGUGAAGGGUAAAAUUGUACUUUGCGAUAUCCGAACUAAUGGGGCAGGGGCAUUCAUAGCUGGUGCUAUUGGUACUGUGAUGCAAGGCCAAGCAUACCAAGAUUAUGCUAAAUCUUAUCCCUUGCCUGCAUCAUACCUUCGCUUGGUGGAUGGUAGCAAAGUGUACUCAUACAUAAAUUCGACAAGGGGAGCAACUGCGACUAUUCAAAAAAGUAAAGAAGUUAAUGAUACAAAUGCGCCUUACAUUGUGGCUUUCUCAUCAAGGGGGCCAAGCAAUAUUACACGCAAUAUUCUCAAGCCGGAUUUAGCUGCUCCUGGAGUUCACAUCCUAGCAGCAUGGUCUCAAAUAUCCCCAAUUUCAAGAAUUACGGGUGAUAAGAGAUUGCUGCCAUACAAUAUAGAUUCGGGGACAUCAAUGGCUUGCCCACAUGCUACAGGGGCGGCUGCCUACGUCAAAUCCUUUCACCCCACAUGGUCACCUGCCGCUAUCAAGUCGGCUCUUAUGACUACAGCUAUUCCAAUGACUGCUCAAAAGAACCUUGAUGCUGAAUAUGCAUAUGGCGCAGGCUAUAUAAAUCCUCUUAAAGCUCCACAACCUGGUUUAAUAUAUGAUAUUGAUGCACUUGACUACGUAAAUUUUUUGUGUGUCGAAGGAUAUAAUACCAGUUUAUUACGCCUUGUUACUGGGGACAAUAGUACUUGUUCUGGAACCACCAACGGAACGGUCUUUGAUCUAAACUAUCCUUCUUUUACUAUAUUCGUGUCGCCCUCCAAAAAUUUUAGUCAAGUUUAUCAUCGGACUAUCACAAAUGUUGGAUCACCGACGUCUACAUAUAAAGCUACUGUGACUGGUACCCCCGUUGGACUUAGAAUCGAAGUGAAGCCUAAUGUUCUAGCAUUCACAUCUCUUGGACAAAAUCUGACGUUUGCGCUCAUUAUUGAAGGAACAACAAGUAAAGACAUUGUCUCUGCUUCUUUAGUGUGGGAUGAUGGAACGUUCCAAGUGAGGAGCCCCAUUGUUGUAGGCUUGUAGCUGUUGGUGAUGAUUGUUGCAUGACAUUCUCUGCUACAUAUAUGUAUUACGUAAAUAAUAAUUGAAGCGAAAGCUUUGAAGGAAUAUGCAUGGAAUAUUAUAAUAAAGCGAUGGCGGAAGACGGAGGACUGAAAAUGGUUGUAAUUUGAGCCUUUGCUCUAGUUCUGCAUUGCACUGUAAUUUGAACCUUUCUAAUUUAAUGCUCUAUUAUGCUUAGUUUUC